AUCAGACACCUACGCACUGAGGUGCAGAUAAAUGAGUAAAUUCAUCCGAGUUUUUCAGUCUCACACUUUCUUUCUUCUGUCUCACUCUCACUCUCUCUCUCUCGCUCGAGAUGUCUGACACGGAGCCGAAAUCAUCCCAGGAUCUUGCUGUGGUGGUGCAGAGCUUACUGCAGCAGAUGCAGGACAAGUUCCAGACCAUGUCGGACCAGAUUAUUGGAAGAAUCGACGAGAUGAGCACUCGCAUCGACGACCUGGAGAAGAACAUCUCCGACCUCAUGACUCAGGCAGGCGUGGAGGAGUUGGACGGAGAGAACAAGAUCAGCGACGCGUCAGGAACAGCUUGAUGAAGACAAAGAGCCAACACCGAUCAAAUAAGUGCAUGAGGUAUCGGUCACACGGCUACGCUCUGAGAUUCAGAUUGUACAGAUUCGUUUCGCUUGUAUUAAAGAAUAAUUUUGGGAUUAAUUCUAAGGAUGCGGUGUAAAUCCACCGAGUCGUCAUGAAGACUUUUCCUCUGUAAGGUGGUUGACCCUUUAUAUGAUUUUUAGUGUGUUUGUGGGGAGGGUUUUUUUUUUUUGGUCAUAUUUGUGAAGAAGUGCAAGUACUAUUUUAAGAAAAACCUCUCCAGUGUCGAACGUCUGUGUGCUUUACACAUUCAGUCUCAUUCAUGUUCGAGAAAAGCCUCAGCUGCCAGAAAAAAAAAAGUUGGUUAAAAAGGAAAGAAUGAUGAACCAUUUUUGCGUCAACUUUCACAUGCAGCCUGACUGGAAAAUUCCUCUCACCACCAUCCUUCCUGUCCAGCAAUAAAGCAGUGACACACGGGGAUUAGUCAUCCACACACUGCUCGGAUAUCUCUGACCGAAUUAACUAUGCAAACAAAUCCCUUCCUCCUGAACGAUGAGCUUUUGUUCAUUAAAAAUGUUGGAUCUGAUUGUGAGCGCUCGCUGCUGAAAUAGAGGUCCAGGAGGUGGCGCUGGAUUGAAUCCAUCUUCUCCCAUGCAUAGGGUUCGUUUUUGUUUUUUUAAGUUCAUCUGGGCUUUAAAUCUGACUCUGCUCACUUUUCAGUUUUGCCCCAACGUUCAGGCAAGUUCAAGUGAGUGAGCAUCAAAAUGAAAUAUUUAAUCUACACUCACCGGCCACUUUAAUAGGAACUCGUUCUUGGCUGCAGAAAUGGAACCCAGUGUGGUGCUCUCUUUCUCUCUCUCUCGCUCUCUCGCUCUCUCUCUGUUGGAUGCUGAGAUGCUUUUCUGCUCACUACAGUUGUAAAGAGUGAUUAUAUGAGUUACUAUAUCCUUCCUUCCUGGCAAAAAAGAAAUCUCGAACCAAUCUGUCCAUUUCCCUCUGACCUCUCUUAUCAACAAGGCGUUUUUUUUUUUUUUUUCCGCAAUCCACAGAACUGUCGCUCACUCACUCACUUGAUGUUUUUUGUUUCUCGCACCAUUUUUUCUGUGUAAACUCGAGAGACUGUUGGGGGUUUCACCCCCAGAAGAUCAGCAGUUUCUGAAAUACUCAAACCACAGUGAAAGAAAGUCACACUUUGACUGAGAUCACAAUUUUAUUUAAUUUUUUUUCCCCAUUCUGAUGUUUGAACAUUGUGAACAUUAACCGAAGCUCUUGAUUUGUAUCAUCAUGCUGUUGUCGAGGGAUCGGCUGAUUCGAGAACUGCAGAAAACAAAAGAGCAGGUGGAUGUCGGGGUGUUCCUCAUAAAGUGGCCCUGAGUGUAGAUGCAGCACACCAUAAACACAAGUUGUUUGGCUUUAAAUCAUGACGUCAGGGAGUAAGGGGGGGGGACAUGGAGGACAAAGUGUCCGAGAAACAGGAGAUGUACGGCAGGCUGGACUGAAAAUAUUUAAUUGGCGGGGGGGGGUUGUGUUGUUUUUGUAACAAGGCAACAUAAUUAAGAAUGAUGGACGUUCACCGGUACAUGAUGUGACGUCCCAUUUUACUCGCAGGCUGCUUAGAUUCUCGUUAAUUUUCUGCAGCUAAUAAAAAAAAAUUAAAACACUUCUGAGCACCGAGGACUUGAGAACUGAGGAGCAGAAAAUGAAGAUGAAACAUUUAAAAAAAAAAAACCCUGUUGGAUUCAAUCAGUGACUGUGGCAUGUGGGAGGAGUUAAAGCAGGUCUGACUCCACCCCCUGUGCCUCUGACUCCACCCCCUGGAUUUCUGCAGUGAAGGGUUUGCACUGGGAGAUGUUCAUUAGCAGUAAUGCAGCUUUUUAAAGUCUUCGUGUGUAUUUUUUUUAAAGUGUAAAUAUGAAUGCUGCAUAAUGACAAGCUGUUCCUGCAUGUGCGGUUUGCUUUAUUAACGUUAAUAACUAUCCACACUUUUUAUCACUUCUCACUAUUACAGUGUACACAGUUUUGGUACCGGAAGAUUCCCCGUAGGUUUCAGGAGCGUCCUGUGGUCAAAUGAGACUGUGAUGUGUGACGUCAUGGAUGUUCCUCUCUAGGCCCCUCCCCCAAAAUAAUCUUUAAAUAUUUGUGAUGAUUAUUGAUUAUAGAUUUUUUUUUUUAAUUUAUUCAUUCACGUGUCUUUGAGACAGCCACGCUGCGUAAAUCCAACGUGCUGAACUUUACCGAAAAACAGAAAUACACAGAUUUUAUUCAACGCCUGAUGUACUGUGAAUUUACACUCAGAUUUCCAGCAAAUUUAUUGGUGCUGUUUAUUAGGUUUUGGGUUUUUUUUGGUGAAGAUCACUAGAGAAUUGAUGACUCCGAUGCCCAGUGUGACUACUGUAUCACAAAUAAAAGCAUGUUUUCAGACUGCAAACACGCUGAGUGUUUAAAAAAGAAGCCUGAGUGAGGUCGGACCUUUAUCUCGGUUCUGACGGGUCGCUUCAGCAUCACAGUGUCAGCUUCAUAUUAAACGAUUUCUCCUGAACAAAA